GCUAUUUUAAUAUUAAAUAUUAAGUGGUUGUUGAAAGCUUAUCCUUUGGAAUGACCUCCAUCUGUAAUCAAUCAUCAAUCGGUUUAUAAUUUUUGUCUGUCUUGACUGUCGCGGCGAGCUUUGAUUUUGUGAAUGGACUCACUACGAAAAUGGCACAACCCUUUCAAAAUAUUCGCCAACGGCCUUUCGAAGCUCAGACUUUUCGUCGUAAUUUUGGAAAUAACUUUGAUACGGUUGUCGUUUCGGGCUUUUCGAGAUAUAUUCGAGCAAAACAAAUUGUGUAAGUUUAAACUUUCAGUUUGUUUAUAAAACGAGAAGCCAUUCAAGUGUGUCGAUAGACUCGAUACGCUAUGUCAACCACGUCUUGUUUCGCUUUUAGGGACUUUUUUAUCUUAAAAGAAGGUGAUUGUGUUUGCGUAUCGACGAAAAGCGACCCCCCUAGCGUUCUGCUUCGAUUUAGUUCUCCCGUCGUCGCUGAAAAUGUGGUUUUAAGGUGAGUAUUUAAACAUUGUUUAUAUUUUGUGUUGUCCUUUUAAAUCAAUACUUGAACUGGUCUUGAGUGCCUGUGCCUCGGGCUUUGCGAUGCAAAAUAUGUCGUUUUUGUGGGAUUUUGUUCAGUUUAUUGACAAUAUUCGAGUAAAAUAUAGCAUAUUUGGUGAUAAAACACAGCUUUUACAAGUUUAAAAUGCAUGUGGUUAAUUUUAUUGGUAUUUUAUAUAAGUCAUAGGAUUAUAAUUAAUAGGAAAUGAACCGUUUAAUGUGGUUAUAUUUCCGGUUCGUUUAAAUAUUGAUUAUUUGAUAAAUGCAAAUUUAUUGAUUAAAAUAAAACUAUUAUAAUAGAAAGUAGAUUUAAUUAAAAAAUGAAAUAAUAGUAUAAAUUAGUAUAAAAAACAAUUAUUCACCUCAGGCUCGAUGAUUAUCGUGAAUAAAAACCUCAACUUCGUCUCGGGUUUUAAUUCAUUGAUAAUCUCCUCGCCUUUGGCGAAUAAUUGUUAAUUAAAGGUGAUCUACAGUCCGUAUGUAAACAAAGCCUUUGUUUACAUUAUUGCGUCCAAAAUAUUGAACUUUAUUCGACAACUAUUUAUAUUUUCAAGCUUCUAGAGUAUAAUAAAUGAUCAAGAAACAAUCAGGCUUUGCAAGAACCCAAAACAUAGUUAAACUGUUUGUAUCAUAAAAAGUGGGGCUCCUUUGUGCACAUGCGCAGAUCGGACUGUAGAUCACCUUUAAGAUAUAUUAUUUUUUAGUGUACAUUGCAAAUGAUGCAUUUUUGCAUCUUAAUCUGCAUAUUUAAUUUACAUACUUUACAUAUUAAUCAUUCCCAUGCUGUGACUGUGGCUAACAUCAAAAGUGCAGACUAGGGCAUGUUGGGCAUUCAAAGCUCAACCAACUAAAACAGAUAAUGGUGUAUAAACCCUAUAAGUGGCAUUGUGCCAUAAUGCAUCUUAUUUUGUUAUUUUACUCUGUUUGCAAAAUUCUAGCUGUACCCACGCACUUAACGCCAGACAGUAUAUUCAUUGUGAAGCAGAAAAUGCGAGCACACAAUGGGUAAAUUACAUUUUCCCAUCCGUUUCUAGGUAUAACAAUGCUGAUGUUUAUGGUCAAAAACUUAAAGUAUUUCCUUCAAAUAAUUGGCAUUCUGUCAGUCCACAAAUUUCCUUACAAUCUGCUGAAAUCCCACCUUUGAUGGGAAACAAUGCACACAUUCCAACUCCUAAAACUCCAUCUAGAAGAGUGCAGGUGGGUUUUAUGAGAGUCCUGAGGAUGAGAGGGGAGGGAGUGUCUACAUCCCACUUCCCAGCCAUUUUUUAGACCAAAUCUCAGUCUUAAAUGAGAAACCUUGUGACCCAUACAUGUAUCUCAUGCAGGACAGAGCAGUUAACUUGUAGUAAAACUUUUUUGAUUUCAUAGGUUUUUUUGCUUGCUUAUCAUGGUUUUUGAAUACCUUGGGCAUAGGGGGGGGGGUGAAAACAAGGGUACUGCAUACUGCAUACUAUGCUGAGGGGGUGGGGCAGGGGGCAUUUUGGAUUUUUGGCCCAGGCCUCCAGCCCAAAAGGGCCCCCCAAAGUGACGAAGCCUUUAAUUUUCCUGAUACAAGAUUGCUUUUAACUGAGAAUAGAAAUUCAAGCUGUGUCAGUGCCGGAGAAUAUGAAAUAAAGUGUACUAUAUUGUAAAACGCUGCUUCUCCUGUUUUACAGUUAUGAUGUCACAGAGGCCCGCUGGGAAAGUUCUGCCCCAGGCCCCAUGCAACCUCACGGUGGCCCUGCUUGCAUGAUACUUGCCUGAAAACAAAGGCAUGGCGUGCCAGACUACAUUCUUGCAUCAUUAUAUAUGCUGCUCAACGUCAAAAAAUUAUUCUCUAUAUUAAUCUGCAUGGCUUCUCCCAACUACAGUAUAUGGCUGAGCCAGGGUUCAAAAUAACGUUCUGAAAAUAUGUGAAAUUUUGUAGGCUGUUUUUUGUAGGUGAAAAUUUUUGCCGGCUAUUUUCCAAGCAAAGUUUAGUUAUGUUCUGGAGUGGGCAUAGGCCAAAUAAUAGUGAUGUAAACCAAUACAACAUUUGUAAGAACACAGUAAUACAUUUUAUUUGGUGUAGGAACAACCAUUAAUAAGUUCUGUGUAUAUGUACGGUGUUAUUGUAAGCGAGUCAUCGGUGAAUAAAUAUAAUAUUUUCGCCGAUCCCCUAUGCUUUGAAAUUAAAAAUCGCUGGCAAGGUCCUAAAACUACCGGCUAUCGUUGGAAGCCGGCGGCUAUUUCGAACCCUGCUGAGCUUAUCAGAAAAUCAGAAAGUACACCUAUUUUUGUAUGGCUCAGAUAAACUUGUAUAUGCAGAUAACCAGACGUUACUGCAUAAUGUCUAAUUGUUUAUAUUGAAUUCAAAACGAUUUACCAACUGUGUACAGUAAUUUUAAUCUGUCAUGAUCUCCCUUGAUGAGCUUUAGCUCUUGAAGAAAAUGAUUCCAAAUAUGUUUAAAUAAAAAAAACCAAAAAAAACUAAUCAGCCCUUAUAUAAUAUACUGUACAUAGGGUUUUCCAUGCUGGCAAAAAAUCUCACAUCAAACAGUAACAUACUGUUCCACCUUGUCUAGUCGGCUUUAUAUUAUCCAGAUACUUCUGUGGGCAUGGAACAAAGUCUAUCACCCAUGAUACAGGAAAUUUUGGUUUCUGAUUUUGAAUUUUGAUUCCACAAAUGGUUUUUGAAUGGUUUUUGAAAGAUUUACCAUGUAUACUAUCAAAAACUGAGCAGUAACUGCACUCUUAUACCGUUAUUGUUUGUUAUAGAUUUAAUUUCCCAUAUGCUAUUAAAGUUGAUAAAACAUAAAGUAGUACCAUUAAUUAAUGGUAAUUAUUACUAUAUGGCAAGCAUCACUUCCGGUGAAAUGGCGGACUGUGAUUGGCUGAGAAGCACUUUCAGCGGUCCAUUAUUCUCCCGUAAUGGACAGACGGUCCAUUAUGUAAAAACAGACGUAUGUAUUUUAAAACAAAACAGCAAAACUAAUUGAAAAUUAUAAUUUAAUUUAUUAUCAAUAAAAUGUCUGCGAAUGGUUUUACGUAGAAAGGAAGGAAUACAUUGGUAUUUUUGUUUUCUUCGACCAAAUUUGUACCACGUUACUAAUACGCAUUUCAAAUCAUGCAUUUCUUGUUUGUUUCGAGUAUAAAUGCCUAUAAAUGCCAAAAAAUAAAGUUUUAUUAACCUCGCUUGCUCGGUCUUUACAGAGAAAUAUCGGACCUCGGUCUUUUGAACAAACCUCGCUGCUACGGGCUUCGGUCUGUACAAAAAAGACCUCGGUCCGAUAUUUCUCUAUAAAGACCUCGCGCUUGGUUAAUAAGAAGUUAAUAUUAAACAUCGUGGUUUUUACUAAUUUACCAUAUCCGAAAUCUAUUGUAACGAAUAAUGGUAUAAAGAGUAUUUAAUUUUAUACAUUCAAAAACCCAUUGAUGGAAUGUUCAAUUUUUUCUUUUUUUUUGACUUUUUGUUUAUGGAUCAGGCACCAUCAUUCUUAGAUGUACAGCCAGUGAUUGGGACAUCGAUUCUAAACCUAGCCCUUCUCAUUCAAAAGAACAACCUGAACGCUAGUAAUAACAGUAUUGUAGAAAGCCAAUGGAAAAGUCAAACACGUUCACCUCAAAGAAAUUUUCCACCAAGCAGACGUUCACCGCCGGACAAUCAACAGCGAAAUGUUACCGAUCGGAGAAGUGCGUGUAGACCUAGUGAUAUUCGUGCAGGACGUGUGCAAAGAAAUGCAGACAAGGAUCCAACAAGCAAUCGCCGUGACAAAAAUACCCUGGUGAAAAAACAAGAAACAGCACAAAAAGUAUCUCAUACGGAAAAAUGUCCAAAAGAUCAGGGCAUUAAAAGAAAUGAAGAAAUAAAAGGUCUGUAUAUAGACUAUAGUAGUUAUACCGCACUGCAAAAAAAUGACGAUCUGUGGCCGGUCGCAUCGGGUCGGUAAUUUUUUUUUGCCGUCCUGACAUGACGAUACUCGAUAGGUCGACAAUCAGUCGGCAUUUGCCGAUUGGUGAUCCGAAUUACGUGACCUGUGUUCAUUGCUAAUAAGUUUGUUCAAAUUAUUGUUUAAAUCUGUCAAUAGGAUAUUGAAGUACUCAUUGACCAGUGCAGAAACAAUACUAUGAUAUCAUUUAUAUCUAAGAUUGGAUAAUUCUUACGCCAGUAAUAGUAACGAGCGUUUAAGGGUUUUAUCCAUGUAGUUAAAACUGUCAAACGCGCUUGACAAACAUGAAAUGUUCGUGUUUGCAUGGGCGGUGUAUUUUUUACUGCAGCUGUUCGUCCUUAAAUACAUGCAAAUGAAGGUCUUGUCCAAACAACAUUGUUUACAAUACAUCUAAUAGACUGCAGCGCAAUAAUAUAUUGUCAUGUGUUAAUACCUUAUAAAGAAUGAUAAUUUUGGCUUGAAGUAUUCGACUUUUUCCCUGCUAUAUAUUUUCUGUUGGGUUUUGUUCCAAUUUUAAUCUGCUGUGUUAAAUUUACAGGCCCAGUUGUAAGACGGAGGAGACUCGGAAGACGAAACCGUGAGAAAGACAUCGAAAGAGCAAUUCAAACAGCUGUCUCUAAGGAUAGUUCAAGAGUAGUGUCUUCAGCUGGCAAAAACAUGAAUAAAAGUGACUCGUCAUCGUUGCAGAAAACACCACACGAUGUGGGAAAGGAAAAGCCAAAUUGUUCAACAAACAAUAACAAGAAUAAUGAGACGGGAAUUAAAGCGACGAUAGAAAAACCUUUCGAUGGUUGCAAAAUUAAUACGGAAGGAAACGAGAAAACGAAGCCGAAGGAGGAUGGAGCUUCAGUUGAUGGCGUGAAGAGCAAGAGUACAGCGUCAGCGAAAGAAAAUCCAGCAAGCCAGGGUAUUGGUAGUAAAAAAGAAUGCCCAACGAGAGUAAAUUGUAAGAAGGAUAAAGGGGGUGAUAAAACCACACCAAAAGAUUCAGGUAUCGAAAAUGAGAAGCGAGCAGGCGGCGUGAAGGAUAAGAGCGGAGAGAAAGGAACUCUUCCAGUAACCCAAGGUACUGCUAGUAAACAAAAAUGUCCAAUGGGAAAAAGCGAUAAUAAGGAUAAUGAAAGUUGCCAUACUCCCACACGAAAGGACUCAGUUCUUGAAAAUGAGAGUCCAAAGGGCAGCGUUAAGAGUAAGAGUGGAGAGAAAGAUAUCCUGAAAUCAUCAAUGAGUUCUGAGAGCGAAACGAAAUGUCCAACGAACAAAAGUAAUGACACUUAUAUUGGAAAAGGAGGUAAUGAAAUCACAAAAAAGGAUUCAAUUAUUGAAAAUGAGAGCACAAACGCGAAGAACAAGGGUAGAGAGACGGAAAGUCGAAAAUCAACAAUGGGUUUUGCCAGUGAAAAGAAAUUUGUAACAAGGAAAAACGGUGACAAGACUAGUGGGGAUGAGAAUCGUAAAAAGACAGCGAAGGACUUGGUCAUUGAAAGUAAAAGUGCAAGUGACGGUAUAAUGCGCAAGAGUGGAGAGGGGAAAAGUCAACAAUCAAUGCGGGAUGGUGAAAAAGGAGAAGUUAGUCAAAGAAUGGGCCCAAAUGACUCGGCUACUGGAAAUGAACGUCCAGCUAACAAUAACAAGGACAGGAAUGUUGAAAGUCGAAAAUCAACACAAGAUUUCGAUCAGGACUGUCUGACGACUGGAAGCAACAGCGAGAAUGACGAGCCAGGAAGAAACCUAGCAACUUAUAAACGCUGUAGUACAACAGGCAACGUGAAACAGGGCCAAAAGGAUUUUGAUAGCAAAACUUACGCUGGUAUGAAGGUGGCAAAGAAUGACAAAAAGUGUUCAUGGGACGACAACAAGAACACAAAUAUCGGCAGCGAAUGUCGGCCAUCAACAUCGAAAUCUGGAUCAGAAAAGAAAUAUCCAAGUAGCAAUAUCAAUGAUGCGCAACAUGGAAAACAGGUCACAGCCUCAACGAAUGCAAGCAAGAGUCACGAAAAUGUGAAAGGAGGUGAUGUAAGAUCAACGAAUUUCAGUACAGAUAAGAAUUUGGGAACAACGCAGGAUAGUUCUGGUAAUAAGGGUCCAAUAGCAGACAACGAUAAACGAAAUGCGGAAACUAGGAGUGAGAUUGUGUCAACACAGAACAAAUCUGCAAAUAACAACAAAUCUUCAGUCAAAACGGACCCACAAAACAGCAAUGUCAAAAACCGUAGUCAGACGGUGAAGAGUCCUCAAAACCUUCCCAAUGGUAAAAAGCCUUCUUUAGAAAACCAGCAAAAGAAGGAUGAGAAAGGAUUGAAAAAAACUGGAUUGAAAAAAACCUCUGACAGAAGUUCUUCAAAAGACAACAAACUGAAGCAAGCUAAUGAUAGUCCGACUGCAGCACAGAGAAAUCCUACUCAGAGAAAUUCAACCACUUCCAAGUUAGCUAAGAAUAAUGGUGGAAAAGCGAAGCCAAAAAGUUCUGUUUCUAAGAAAGAUGUUGCAAGAGAACGCAAUCACAGAUUCAUGAUAAAUGCUCGCGGCGACAAACGCGAUAGUUUUGGAAGAAACCAUGAGAAGGACAGCAUAAGAUACAGGAAGAGACUCGAUGAAUCAUCACCGCAGCCAAGAUCAUUUUCUCCAUACCGAAACAGGAUCAGUCCUCCAAGAGAUUCUAGAGUGUUCGAGGGGAACCGUUCUCCAGAUAGAACCACUUUAAGAAACAAUCUUGUGAGAAGCUCUGAUGAAGUACGGUCAAGGAAAAGAGCCUUUGAAGCUGCAGGCCUUGUAGUCGCUCCACCCAAGAGAAAGUGCUUAAAUAAAAAAAGUACGGGAGAUAAUAAAGAUAAGAUGGAUCCAAAGAAAGUCAUUGAUACUACCUUUGAAGUUACAGGCCUUGUUCUCGCUCCACCAAAGAAAAUGUGUCUAGAUGACCAGAGCACUAGAGACACCGAUAUAAAUGGUCCGGAGAAAGUCGGUAGUCCAAAUGAGUUUGUUCCAAAGAAAGUGAUUGAUACCGCCUUUAAAGCUACAGGCCUCGUAGUCGCUCCUCCUAAAGGAAAGUGCCUGCAUAACAAAAGUUCAGGAAGUAAUAAUAAUAAAAUGGGUACAAAAAGACUGUUUGGGUUAAAGGACCUGCGAGAUGUGGUAAUUGAGAAAAAUAGUGAAAAACGUUAUGGAACAUUGAAGGGACAAAAAAACAACAAUCAAAAAGGGGGUGAUGGUAUUCGUCGUGGUAAGCAAUCAGAUACAAAGAAUAUUUCAACCAGAAAAAAUCAGGAAGGCAAAGAGUCCAUUCCAGUGGAAAUCUCUGCAGAAGAUAGCAAUCUGAAAAGAAGAGAUUGUUUGAAUUUUGACAAAGGACAAGCAGCACGCGAUGCAUUGGAAAACUCAACGAAAGAUUCGUCAAAGAACUUGGAAGAUAGAGGGCUGGCCAUAACAAAAACGUCUGCAAAAGAUGCCACUCAGAAAAGCGGGGAUGGUUCAAAUCUUGCUACAGUUCAAUCAGUAAGCGACAUAUUGAAAACCUCUGACACAAUUGAGGAUUCGUCAAUGCAAAAGAAGCCGGAAAACCACGCUGCAAAGACGUCUGUUGGAGAUACCACUGCGAGAAGCAAUGAUUGCACGAAUAGUGAUAAACUACAGUUACAAGGCAAUGCAUUGCAAUAUUCAGAUUUAAUGAAGGACUCGUCAAAUAACUUGGAGAAGAAAGAAUUGACUAUGACAAAGUGUUCUUCAGAACAGGACUACCAGGGAAGUAGUAAUUGUACAGAUCUCGAUAAAGAAGAAGUAGCCAGCCACAAAUUGGAAAAUUUUAAGAUUUGGAAGGAAUCUUCAACUCAAAAGAAACCAGAAGAUAAUGGACUUACCAUAGCAAAAAAAUGUUCAGAGUAUUUCUGCCAGAAAAUCAACGAUGGUACAAAUUUUGGUAAAGUAGAACCAGCAGGCGAUGCAAUGAAAUUUUUUGAUUCAAUGAAAAACUCGACCACGCGAAAGAAAUCAGAUGACAAAGGAUUAACCAUAAUAAAUAGUUCUUUAGAACAGAGCGUCCAGAAAAGCAGUGAUGGUUCAAGUCUUUAUACAAUACAAGUAGCAGGCGAUUCAUUGAAGAAUCCUGAAUCAAUAAAUAAUAUGUCAACACCAAAUACCCCACGAGAUAGAGAAACAAGCCUAGAACAUGGUUCUUCAAAGCAGAGUAUUUUUCCAAAAGGAGAUAAUCAGAAUAAAAUUAAGGAAAGUGAUAGAGAAAGCCCAAUAUUGAUCAAUCAAGGACAUGAUGACAUGAAAGAAAAUCUUACUAAAGAGAAAAAUAGCCUUGAGAAAAAUUCAUACAGCAAAAUACCGGUUUCACCUUGUACCGCUGUUCUUUCCACCGUUCUUUCCUUAAAUUUCUCAAUCAGCAGUGAAAACAGUUUUGGUGUGGAAGGUGAGCAUACUACUUCCACCGAAAGAAAUUCUGACACGUGUAAAGCUUCUUUAGCAGCCGAUAUUACGCAGAGAAAUAUGACUAACAAUGGCAACGAUAAACUGAAAUGUUCUUCUUUCAAUACAGACAGUUUAAAAGAUAGCAUUCAAAGAGACAUUGAAGUAGAAGCCGGGGAUAGAAACCAGAUUCAGGACGAAAACUUUGAGCAAGAAAGAAAUCCUUCGAAAGGAGAUGUCGAAGAAAAUGUUUGUCACGUUGAUCAAGUUAGUCAGUGUGUUGGUGCGUUUUCAACUGUCAUUACCACUACCGAUCAGUCGGAGAAUGAAAAUAGCAAUCAAAGCGAGUCAUUGUCAAUACCAAAGAUGUCUGAUGAAGAACCAUUGAAAGACGACUGUGUAAAAAGAAACGUUUUCGAAAAUCAAAAAUCACUUCCGACCGUAUCAAAAACUGUUCCUUCUAAGACAACAACCUUGGGUUGUACAAACAGUGGUAUUACUAAUAGCAAAUUUAUGCUGGCCAAGUUAAAAACUUUGAAAACUAAUGCUCAAAAGACUUCCAGAAUUCAAGACAGAGCGAACGUGGCCACGAGUGAAGAUAGAAGUAUUUCUGUUAAGAUAAAUUCGGCAUCAAAUAGUAGCCAGCAAGAAAAUGAGACGACCAGCCCAAACAAUGCCUCUGAAAGCAAGUCAGAGAUUGUCGAGGACAGGAUUGUCAAAUCUGCAGAGACCCAAAGUGAGCUGGCAACCGUAUCGAAAUAUUUCGCAUGCAUGAAAAUCGCUAUUGACCAAAAAAGUGAUGCUGGUGUUAGUGAUGCUAAACUCAAACCAAGUUUAAUGGAAAUUUCUGGUCCAAAUAAGGAUUGUUCGAACAGUAAUCAUAAAAACACUGACGUGGAACAGCAACCAGUCAUUACAUGUGAUUCGGCCAAAAAAGCAGAUGACAAUUUUCCAAAUUCCACUCCUACAAACAAAAUUUUGCCGGAAUUAGAAGAAGUCGCACCUAGUAUUUCUCGAAAAUCGUUAAAACCUCAAAGUGAGCGAAGAAUUAUGAUGAUUCGUGUGGCGAAGAGUGAUGUACAGAAGGUGGACAAAGACGAGAACGAAGAGAAUGAAACGCAGAAAUCAGCAGAACCAAAAAAUAUGCCAGUUGGGGCAAAUGUUCCUGACAACAUGCAGAAACCUGUUGAGAGCAAAACUCGGAUGUCAGCGUGCAUCUCUGAGACAGUGAAAGAAAGUAAACACAGUGAAGUAUUCUCACAAGAAAAUACUUCAAAUGUUGUCAGCGAAGAACAUGUUGCUGAACAGCCCAAGGUCGUCUGUGAUUCUAUUGGAUCUAAGUCCUCAUCUGGUGUUGCAUUUUUAAGGAAGUCAACAACGAUUACGAUAGCACCUGCCCUGCUAGCCACAGAAGAAGUUAAGAGAUUUAAAACCGAUGUACUACUAGUUACAGAAGACCAUCCAAUGUGUGUUACUAAUAAUAGUGAAAAAUAUUUCCAUAAUUUAUCUACUAUUGAUCUGCAGAACAAUAACAUACGCAUUGCAAGCACCAGUAUUUCGGAUGUUAAAAAGGAAACCCAACUUCAGAAUGAACCAACUUCUGCAAAAGACAACUCGUCAUUUCAAAACAAUGCUUCUGAAAACAAUCAAGGGAAAGAACUCACAAACGUAACUUGUGAUUCUUUCAAUGCAAACGAGAGUGCUUCCCAGGUACCGAAAGGCUUAUUUUUAACUACGAUUACACACGAUGGCUCUGAUUGUGAAGUGAAAAGAGUGAAAAUUGAGAAAACGUCGCCACCAAAGGACAAUUUAGAGGGAAAACGUUAUAGUCUAGUAGAUAUCCAUGGCAGACCAAACUGCGACUCUAUAAAUUCUGACAAAACUACUCCCUUAUCGGAAAACCCUACUUCAACAACGAGUACUGCAAUUUUUUCCGAUUUUAAGACGAUGGUGAAGUUAAAUAAUAUUGAAGAAACAUUGACAAAAAACGACCAGGAAUAUUCAAUCGACGACAAACGCUGCGACAGUGACUUUCAGAAAACGAAAGAUAAUUUAGGAAAUUCAAAGAAAUCAGUCUCAACAAACAAUGCAAAACACAACUCGAGUGCUACCACAAACAAUGAAUUGGUUUGUGGCAAAGGGACCAUAAUGUCCUCUGGUAAUUCGUCAGUAAAGAAGUGUAUUAUAAAUACAAACAUAGUUAAGAUUGAAAGCAAAGAACGUUAUCUUGAAGUGGAUCGUGGGAAUGUCUUGAAAAAUGUCCAUACUGUUACUGGUAGUUCAAUUGAAAAGGAUCCAGUAUCUGUAUUGGGAGAAACAGAAUUGGUCAGGUGUUCCAGCACAUUGUCAAAUACUUGUGAGAGCAAAAAACAUUUGAUUCAACAGGACAGGCAAGAUGUUUUGAAGAAUUCUCAAAAUGGUGUUGGUGAUAGCAGUGAUGGUAUUCUGAACGCAAGUUCAAUUGAAAGAAACCCGAUACCUGUCUUAGGUGAACCAAGAUUGGUCAGGAGUUCUAGUACAAACUCUCGUAACAGCAAAGAUAUCUUGAUGCAGGGAGAUAUGCUAAAUGUGUCGAUAAAAUAUGAAAAUAAUACUGAUUGUAGCUCUGAAACUUUAUCGAACUUGACUUCAAUGGAACGAAAGCCGAUACCCGUAUUAGGAGAACCACGGUUGGUUAGGAGUUCCAGCACAAACUCUCUUUCAGCUAACACUGAAAACCAAUCUUUACUUAAGCCUACUGGUCCUAGUUUGCAGAAUCAUACUCGAAAUUAUAGCCAGUGUGCGGGAGUGAAUGCUCAGGGGAGAAAGUCUGGGAAAAGAAAAAUAACACGACGAAAGGAAAAUAAGAAUAGGCGUAAGAAACGUUUAAGAAGAAUGCAAAAUCAACAGCAAAACCAAGGAGCAGAAGAUAAUGUUCAAUGUGGAAAGGCUGUCGGUAAUAAUGGCAGUGUACAACAACAGAAUUGUGAACCUGAAAGUUUGAAACAAGUUUUCCGAAUGAGGUGUAAAGAUUAUACCACAAAUGUUGAAAAUUUUGCUCAAAAUUUAAGUCUGAAUGAAAGCAGCCAAGAGAUUCUGCAGGACGUUUUCCAAAGUGGUUGUUUUGGAGACUUGAUGAAUGAUGAGAAUUUUGGUCAAAAUGAAAAAGGUGUUAGUCAGAAUGGAACCAAGCCAAGAUUAGAGCAAUCUUCCCAAGAGGAAGUCCCAAAUAACGAUGGUAAUUUAGUUCAAAAUAGCAACGGUGUAAGUCAAUAUGAUAUCGAACAAAAUGUAAAUUGUUCAAUUCAAUCUACCGAAGUGGUUUUAAAACAUGCUUCCCAAAGUCAAAGUACCGGUGACGCUAUAAAACAAGCUUUUCAAACUGUCUCCCACGAGGUAAAUAAUGAUGAAAGGUCUGUUCAAAAUGUACAAAGUUCCCAAGAUGAAUUAAAGCUAUCUUCUCAGAUUGGUUGUCAAAAAGUAAACAGUUGUCAAAAUUCGGUUCAAAGUGACACAUUUAACAAUGCCAGUGAUAGAAACUAUGAUUUUAGUGGCAAUGAGAAUGCUCUAACGUUGAUAAAUAAGGAUUUUAAAAGUGGUUGUCACAAUGUCAAUGGUGGGAAUUCUGUUCAAAGUGGCGCAAGUUUUAGUGACAAUGGUCGUGGAAAUUUGAACUAUCCAAGCGCAAGCUGCCAAGAUAUUUUGAAUCAAGCUUCCCAAAGUGGGUGUGAGAGCCUUAGCAAUGGUGGAAGCUCUGUUCAGAAUGAUGGCCAAGAUGUCAAUUUAACGGGCGAUACCGCAAUCGCAGGCAAAAGAAAGCGAGAGGAUGAGCCUGCCGACGUAGCUGGGAAUAAGCAUCAAAAGUGUCUAAAUCCAAGCCAAAAAAAGAAUUUGAAUGAACUACAAAGCAAUCAGAGUAAUGAACAAGCUGCUGGUGUUGAAGGCAUGAAAUUGAGCGGGAAAGAACGUAAUGGACAAGAACAAGAAAGACGGUUUCUAUGGGAAAACAUAUUGACAAUUGAAGAGGUUGGGUUACAUUUUAAUCCGUAUUCCAGUUUACUUUAGACUGAUAAAACCAUCAAUUAUUUAAGUUUUCUCGUAUGGUAACACACAAUCAAUAGCCUUACUCGCUCUCUAGAGUGAACAGUUUAGAACUGAUACAAUUAUAAUAGUAUAAUUUACAAGUGUUAUUACCUCUUGUAGUAAUACUAGACCAAUAAUGAAUAGGCUUUACUGGGUUGCUCAGGAAGACAAGUUAGACAACCCUGAUGGAGAGAGCUAUCUAGUAUGGAAUGGAAAAACUUUAUUUAAACAGGGGUGGCCCUUUCAGCACGAUGCCUUUCAUGCACGAUGAUGUGGUGGAUAUUAUAGGAUGAUAAGGGGUUUUCUCUUUCUAUUUUAGCAAUACGAUAAAGAGAGUGUUGCCUUGCUCAGGAACGUGAAGAUGUUAGCUAGGUAAGUAGAUAGCUUUCAGCUCACUUUAAAAAUAAUGUCACCGUGGUCAAGCAAAAUUUUUAGCUUGCUUUGUAAAAUACAAUAAAUAAAGUCGUUUUUUUUUGUCAAAACUACCUGACCCAUUGUAGUACUGCGAUUACCUAUUUGUAUCUUACAGCAUGGAUCCAAGUUUGACAGAAAAACUAAAAGGUGCCUUCAGAGAUAGCCUGACCGAGAUUGGUCGAAAGUAUUUAUUGGAUUUACAUAAACUGAAGGUAAAGAACGACAGUUACAAGAAUCAACAUAAACUUGCUAAGGGUAAUAAUGUUCCUCCAAAGAAUCCUAAGAAUAUACAAAGUACAGAUCAGGGUAAAACUCAGAAUCAACGAAAGAUGAUUAAAGCUAAGACCCCUCAGAGUAAACCUGGCACUCCACAAAAGAAGGGUAAAGGAAACGUCAAUCAAACAAAUCCCACGAAAAAGCAACAAGGUACUGGCAAAGCUGUCGAUAAUGGUGAAACUAACAACCAACAAAAGAUGGCCAAGGGGGAAAUGGCUGAAAAUAAAACUCAGAAAAAAUCACAGAUGAAAGGUAAUAUGCCUCGGAAUGAACCUCAGAAUACGCCCAAGGGUGAUAAUUCUCAAAGAAAUCCCCACAGCCAGUAUAAUAUGAUUAGACCGGUCGGGAAAAUUGGACCUACCAACAACAAACAAAAUAUGGUUUCAGGUACUAUGCCACCGUGCUGGCCAAAACUAAAUGGCUCAAAGGGAAAUGUUGGUCAAAUUGGUCCACAAAGAAGAUGUACGCUGUAAAGACAGAGUGGUUAAAAUAACCAAUUUGAAUUUGCUGUCCCACUUAUUUUACUGGUAUUUUAUUGGUUAAAACAACCAAAUGUUUGGUUAUUUUAACCAAUUUUUGUUUUGACCAAAUAAUAUAAGUCAAAAGAAAAUGCAUCUGAGGCAAACCAAUUCAAAUCGGUUAUUUUAACUCAUGGUGUGAAACAGUCCAAACAAACGAUUGUAGACUAGAGAUUGAAUACAGUAAAAUCCCUCGUAUAGGAACCUGCUCUUUUUCAGGUCAAGGGAAAUAGGUUCUCACAUAUGUGAUCAGAAUAUUAAGUUGUAUUUCAUGACUGUAAUACUAAUGUUACAACAUUUUCCAAAUUUCAAGCUGAAUAAUUGGUUCUGAUAGAAAUGGUUGAAUAAACGGCAGAUUUCCGGCUAGUAGGAUUUUACUGUAUUACAGUCGCAUUUCUAUUAAGGGAUAUCGACUAAUUUAUAUUUGGAGUUUUGGAACUGUUGCUCUGAAAUUUAUGAAGGUAGUGCUUGGAGUAUAAAUUAUUUAUUAUUAAUGUUACCAAUAAUUGAAUUCACUACAAUCCUGCCAAGACGGUGUUGAAAUACCAUAUCAUUUUUUGUGCUUUACUGCCUUGUUUGUUUAUGUAAGGGGUGACCAGGGACGCUGGAACUGGAGGGGCAGGAGGGGCAGCUGCCCCUCUUGCCUUUUGCUAGGAGGGGCAAGGGGGGCAGAAGUGCCCUUUGAGUUGUAAAAUACUACCUGAUAAAUCACAUUUCCAGUGAUGCUUUUUGGGCAAAAUCGUGAGGUGUGAUCUUGACCUGAUUAAGUGCGUUUGCUUUCAUUGGCAAAUCAUAUCUUCACCGGGAUCUAUAGAGGUGGCCUUUUGGUGUACGUUUGCCCCCCUUUGCCUUUUUAUCGUUCCGGCGUCCCUGGGGGUGACUCCUUAGACAGACGACUGUUCUCUCUAAAGAGUUUAUUUUUCUAACGUAUAGCAUACAUGGGAAUGAGGAACUCAAAACUCCUUAUAUAAUGAAAUUGUUUAUAUGGCGUUUCAACGCUGUCCUCCAGGAUUGUAGCUUGUUGUUCAGAUGCCAAUGGUAUUUGACAGAUGUCGAAGUGAUUGUGUAAAAUGUUUCAUGGUUAAUAUUGAGC